AUGGCCGAGUCAGCCGACCACAAGGAGCCAUCAGAAUCUAACCAAGCAGAGGUUGAUAAUAAAAUCAUGAUGGAGGGACCUGGGGAGCCUCAGGAGCCCGGUGAAGAAGCCGUGGCGGGGCCUGGAGAUGGGGAGUCAGUGGAAGCUGCUUCUGGGCUCAUGGAAGCGGCAAAAGGUGAAGAUGCAGCUGCUGGGUCAGGGGAAGAUGAAGAGAAAGGUGCAGCUACUAAGGAGGAGGCAGAAGCAGAUCGUCCAAAAGGACUGAUUGGUUACCUUUUAGAUACGGACUUUGUGGAAAGCUUGCCUGUGAAAGUUAAGUAUCGCGUGUUAGCCCUCAAAAAGCUUCAAACCAGAGCGGCCAAUUUAGAAUCUAAAUUCCUUAGGGAAUUUCAUGACAUUGAAAGAAAGUUUGCUGAAAUGUAUCAGCCUUUACUGGAAAAAAGGCGUCAGAUCAUCAAUGCAAUCUAUGAACCCACGGAAGAAGAAUGUGAAUAUAAAUUAGACCCUGAGGACUAUGAUGAUGAGGAAAUGGACGAUGAGGAAGAAAUGUAUGGUAAUGAGGACAGUGUGGUGCAUGAAUACGUGGAUGAGGAUGAUGGCUAUGAGGACUAUUAUUAUGAUUAUGCGAUUGAAGAAGAGGAGGAGGAAGAAGAGGAGACUGAGGCUAUCGGAGGAGGAGAAGAGAAUAAAGAAGAGGAUCCCAAGGGAAUUCCUGAUUUUUGGCUGACUGUUUUAAAAAAUGUUGACACACUCACUCCUCUUAUUAAGAAGUAUGAUGAGCCUAUUCUGAAGCUGCUAACAGAUAUUAAAGUGAGGCUUUCAGAGCCUGGAGAGCCUCUCAGUUUCACACUAGAAUUUCACUUCAAACCCAACGAGUAUUUCAAAAAUGAGCUGUUGACGAAGACUUAUGUGCUCAAAUCAAAGCUGUCAUAUUAUGAUCCCCAUCCCUAUAGGGGAACUGCAAUUGAAUAUUCCACAGGCUGCGAGAUAGACUGGAACGAAGGAAAAAAUGUCACUUUGAGAACCGUCAAGAAGAAACAGAAGCAUCGGAUAUGGGGAACAAUCCGAACCGUGACGGAAGAUUUCCCCAAAGAUUCAUUCUUCAAUUUCUUCUCUCCUCAUGGUCUGAACUUAAAUGGAGAUGGAACUGAUGAUUUUUUACUUGGUCACAAUUUGCGUACUUAUAUAAUACCAAGAUCAGUAUUGUUUUUCUCAGGUGAUGCGCUUGAAUCUCAGCAGGAGGGAGUGAUUAGGGAAGUUAAUGAUGCAAUUUAUGACAAAAUUAUUUACGAUAAUUGGAUGGCUGCAAUUGAGGAGGUUAAAGCCUGUUGCAAAAAUCUUGAGGCAUUGGUAGAAGACAUUGAUCGCUAGAAGCAAAAGAGGAGAUGCUGAUUGCUAAAGCAGGUCCUGACGUUUACUGCCCUAGAUCUUGUCACUCAAAAUACAAGAAGUUGAUUAUUGUCUUGUGUUCUGUAUUUUUCUUGUAGUGUCAGUUAAAAUGUCUCAGAAAUACAAGAGAGGUUCAAAUAUUAAUUAAUUUGAUCAUGCACUUUAGCAGUAAAACACUUUCAGAUAUGUACACUGUGGUAAAUUAUUUAGAAAAUUAAAAUAGUAUUGUGUAGUUUAUUUCUUUUAUUGUGUAACUAUUGAUCUGAGACUGAAUGUACUGGAUAUGCUAAAUGAAACCAAUAUUUUAUUUGUUUGGAAAGAAAAACUUGGGAACCAACCCAGAUGUUUUGCCUUGUUGAUUUUUGUGUUUUUCUUUUCUUAACCUUUUGACUAGCUGGUUUAAUUUUGUUAUGCCUGCUUCGUUUUGCAAAAGAAAUGCAGUAGAAUUUAAAACCUGAAUGCUUAAGAGGCCUGCAUAUAAUUAAGAUUUUCAGGCAAAACCACAUUGUUAGUAACAGCUUGUUUAUAAGCUCUUGUAUUUUAUGUGGCUGUGAUAAAUAAUAAAACUUAUUUGGAGUUGUUGUUUAUCAGUGAAGUGUUAACACUGUAUUUUUAAAAGUUUGCACAUAUUCUGUGUAGUUGUAUACAUGCUUAUAGUGUAUAGUUCUCUUGUAGCUUAUUGAAUAAUUAUUGAAAGUGAUCAACGAGAAAAUAAUUCAUGUUAUUUCACUGAAAAAUAAAAUGAAUAAAUAAUUCAAAGUGUUUCA